CGUGUCGUAUGUACGUUUCUGUGCUUAGAAAAAGCUCAAUAUCACGCGAUCGCGAAAAACUUUUCAGUGCUGUGAAACAUUUUUCUUGCGCACAAAAAAUGAACACUACUUUUAUGUGCUGUGAUUAUUUAACUGUGUAAAGGACUAGUCUGCUGUAAGAGUGUUUGAAGAGGCUAAUUACGAGUUGCUAAGCUAAUUGGCUGGGCCGGCGUUUCAUGAAGCUUUUCUACUUAACAAGAAACAGAAUAAAUUCUCACGCCAGACGUACAUCGCGCAAAAGAUUGGCUUGGACAGUUCCGGCCUUUAGUAAGUAAAUUAUUUAGUAUUUUCAUCGGGUCCGUGUCGCUGAUUCUAUCAUACAGUGCGAGAGGCGAACGCCGCAGCAGGCGAGCGGCGGCAGUCCAGGGCUGGGUGCGCAUAUGCUGGCCAUGGAUGUGACCAAGGAGGCUCGCGCAUCGCCGCUGCCUGCGUCUGCGCAGCCACCCUCCUCAACGCCUGCACAACCGCAACAGCAGCCACAGAUAUGUGCCGGCUGCAGUAAAGUUAUCACGGAGCGAUACCUUCUGAAAGCUUUGGAUCAGUUGUGGCAUGAAGACUGCCUUAAGUGUGGCUGCUGUGAUUGUCGCCUGGGCGAGGUUGGACAUACCCUCUACACACGCGCCAAUCUCAUACUCUGCAAACGAGACUAUUUAAGGUUAUUUGGUAACACUGGAUACUGCGCAGCGUGUAAUAAGGUCAUCCCAGCAUUUGAGAUGGUGAUGAGAGCUCGAAGUAAUGUCUACCAUCUCGAAUGCUUCGCUUGUCAACAGUGCAAUCACAGGUUCUGCGUUGGUGAUCGUUUCUACUUGUGUGAAAACAAGAUUCUGUGUGAGUACGACUACGAGGAGCGGCUUGUGUUCGCAAAUAUGGCGUACAAUCCACCACCACUUGCGCACCUCAAGCGCCAGACUACGCACCUACCCCCGCCGCCGACGAGCAACGCAAUGGGAGGUUUGAUGAACGGCUCUAGUCGCUCCGGUGACCUCAACAAUAAUAUGUCAGGUUCUUCUCCAGCGCCGUUCGCCCCGCCCCCGCACCUCAAGCCUCUUGGGCUUUCUGCGUCUAGCUGAGACUAUCGCGUAUGAGACGCGGUUCACCCGUAUGCCAAGUAUCAAAAUUGAACAGGCGUACUAAAACGGACUGAAGAACAAAGUGUGAAAAAAGUUUCGUGUCACUCACUUAAAUGGAAUCCAUUGGACGUUGUCUUUGAACACUAAUGCUAUAAAAGCAAAGUAAAUGCCAAACUGUAAUUACUCUGUAUGAUUGUUACAAAAAUAUCUAAGUGGGUAAGUUAGAAAAUCUGUAACCUACAUUACCAUUUUAAUUAAUAGAAUGUUUGGAAAAUGUUUUUGUAUUAAGUUCAUAAAAUCUCAUGUUGAUCUCAGAAUGGCAAUUUUGCUAUAUUAGAAUAGGAUAAUCGUAAUCUCUGUAAAAAUUGUCUGUAUAGAGCUGUUUACAAUCUUUCAUCAAUACUUGCAUGUAAAGUAUUUGAUGAAAAUAAAUUAUUUAAAAAUUUAUAUAAAUGAAAAGAUAUUUACUCCUUUUUAAUUAAAUCGAAAUAGCUAUUAUGAUAUUGUCAAAGGUCUGUGUGUGUGUAGAUAGCUCAAGAUCAGUUACUACGUACGCUGGUAAUAAGACUGCCGUAUUUUCGUUUAGACGGGAGUAUGAAGUGUAUUUUAGUAAUAUAAUGGCAAUGUUAAUGUAAAUACUAAUUAAAUUUUAUUAUCAUCAUCUGCGUAGCAUACAAGCGAUCAAGUUGUAUUGACGUCAUACAUGAUUCUUAAUUAAAAUCGUUAAACUAUCAUAUACGAUGCAAAGAUACUCUAAUUAGGUGAUUUAUGAAUAUAGACUAAUUAAGUAUCAAAAUUCUCUAGCAUAAAUUUGUUUAUGAAUUCCAAGUAUAGCGUACCUCUAGGUGCAUGUGCUCUGUAUAGAAUUCAGACACGUGUUGCAUUUCAGCUUACAUACAUGUAUAUAUAAUACAUUGUUUUUUAUAUAAUUGGACUUCUUUAAAAAUACUUUACGGAGGAGGCUUGAUGAUUUUGACUUUCAUAGCAUAUUUACGUAAGUCUAAAAAUAUAUGUGUCUAUGAAAUGACUUCAAAAGAUUGUUUUACUUAACAAUAUUAUUGUAAUAGCUAUACAACAAUAAUAUCUUUGUUCGUUAAUAGGAUUUUUCGAUGUAAUUUAAUAAUUUGGCUAAGCCUUAUACAGUCGAUACCGGAGAACUUACUUUUAAUCUCAAUUCGAUGAUUUGUUGUUUCGUUUCGUACAUAUUGUAUAUUAAUUGUUAAGUUUCCUAUAAACAUUGUUAUGAUGUUUGUAUUAUUUAUGUAAAUAUUAGCUCUAGGUAGAAUAUUAUAUUCAUACAUUGGUGACUAUCAAAUUUUUGAUUAAAUAGUAAAUUGUGAAAUACGUGUUAUACCCGUACAUAUACAUUUAAUUGGGAAUAGUUCAAAUUAGUUUCUUUAGUGGUUAAUGUAAAUCAAUAUUUGUAUUGUCUACGGACACGUUAUUAUUUCUGCAUUUAAUUAGGUACAGUCGUCGUAAUAUAAAUGUUAUAUGCAUUUCUAAUGUGACUUUAAAUCUUAUCACUUAGAGAGUAAGCCAAAUGCGGUGUAUUGUACAAAAA